AUGUCGAGUGACAGUAGAUGUACUCAGAAGUUAAAGAAGUUAAAGUUACAGAAACUGCUUUCAACUCUUGAUAAAUAUAGAAGCAUAGUCAAAAGUUCAAAACUUUUUGAAGAAACUAUUCAAUGCAUUGGCGAGGCCACUAACAUUAAAAGCAUUUGGUGCUUAGCUUUAGGCUCACCCUCAGAAAGUAUGGAGGCAUUAUAUCAGUUGGCAUAUGUAGAGGAGAUAGGGAAUUAUUUUAACUUGACUGCUACCUCUUUAUGGUUUUAUGAUCCUAUCUUCAAUGAUAUUGACAAAGAUAUGCUAGUAUCGCAAAGAGACCAUCAGAUCAAAGCUGAAGGAGAUUUCCAUAUAGAUAAAGUGCUUUUAUUUUUGCCCCAUGCAUCUUUGGAAUUGACAAAUCAUAUUUUAGAAAAGUAUAGGCCACAGUUGUUCUUGGGAAAUGAUUUGAUUUCGCAUACAGAUAGAUUAACGAAGAAGAGGAUUUUUGAACAAUAUCCAUUGCUUGCGACUUUGAUACAAAUUGUUGAUUACAAGAUGGAGAAGAAGAUUCAGGAAAAUGAAUUUACCACAGUUGUAAAUACUAAAAAGAAAAAAAAUAGGAAAAACCGUGGAGUUUACCAUGAAUCAAACAUUGAUUACGAUUUCGAAUUAUGUUAUGCCGCGAAAGUCGAGAUAACCAGAUAUAUGAACACACAAGGAGAGUGGCAAAAUGCAUUCAGUGAUUUAGCUUUCCAUCUUAUAAUACCAAAAGAGCACUAG